AUGGGCGACCGUGUACCUGCCGACCUUCGACUUGUACAAGUCUCCAACGAUCUGCGGUUUGAUCGGUCUCUUCUCACUGGGGAGAGUGACAUGAUCCCCGGCACGCUCGAAAUGACCUCCGACAACGCGCUGGAUACUCGCAACCUCGCGCUGACGUCCACGUUCGUCGUCUAG